UGCUGUAGUGUCAUGAUUCACUGUCAAAUCUGCUGCGGUUCGUCUGUAACUAAAUACUAAAUAAAAAAAUAUCUGAACAAAUUAAUUCGCUUUAUUUCUACUGCAACGCUUCAGGUAACAUCAGGAGACUAUUCAAGCCUGCAAAUCUGUUCUGAGUGUAAAUACCCGAACAGGGGAAGAAUGUUCUGCAGCCCAUAAUGGGCGGUAGCGGGUCUAAAGGUAAAGGUUACUGGCCAUUCUCUGGUUCGGGUGGCGGCGAUGAACCUGCCAAAGACGGCCAAGAGCAGAGUCUGGCCAGGGUGCGGCGCAUCCGAAAUGCAACGCCUUUCGUGUUUACCAGAAAGAGCUCUUUGUACUUCGAUGAAGACGGCGACCUGGCUCACGAGUUCUACGAGGAAACGGUAGUGACUAAAAACGGCCGUAAGAAAGCCAAACUAAAACGAAUCCAAAAGAAUCUCAUACCUCAGGGAACCAUAAAGUUGGAUCUCCCUUGCAUCCAUGUUGAUUUUCCGGUCGUCAUCUGUGAGGCUUGACGCCAUUGUUUGCCUCCUGCGAUGAUUCCAUCCUUCCUCAUUCCUCCCAACUGCUGGAUCCUGGACACGCUUGCUGUGUGGCGCCCCCUAAGUUUGGGAGGGCUCAAUGCGUGUUGUGUGGAAUCCCAACAAACAGACCGCAAGAUAUUCUGGCUGCCUGAGAAGAGGCCACGGCCUGACAAUGAUGUCCUGACUCUAUACAUUUCUUGUAAUCUGCCACAUAUAUGUCUUAAAGACUAUUAUUAUGGGCUGUAUGGCCAAGACACUAAGUGUGGUUUGUAUAUGAAUGUGUGAGUGUUUGUCUGACAUAUAUAUGGUCAUAGAAGUAGAGAAUAUUUAGCAAUGUUUGACUUUAUCAGAAGCAGGUCAUGAAGAAUGAAGAGGAGCACCUAAGAAACCUCCUAGAAUUCCGUUUAGAUUUUUGACGAUGUUCUGGAAGCCAGCUGAAUGAUACGGUUGUAUUUGAAUGCUUUAAUCAAUGGGCAUUGCAAAAGCAAAACUUCACAGAUUGUCGCAGUUAGGGUUAGUACGUUUUAAACUACAGCCUGACAUUUUGCAUGUAGUCCCUAUACACGUGAAUCUGCUUUCUUUUCAGCCAGUAGGGGAGAAUCAAUGGCUGUUUACCACGCUGUGAUUUGUUAUUGCUGAGUGGAUGAUGAGAAUGCUGCCAGUUCUUGACUGGAUGAUUGAGUCACUGAGUGACAUAGUGCUGCCAAUCACUGUGAGAAGCCCCGCCCCCUCUCACUGUAGAAGCAGUCUUUAUUUAUUACUGUUGAAAUGAUUAUGGCAUUAAAGAAAAU